AUGGUGAUAGAGGUGGUGAGUAUGACAUGUUUCUGAUCGAAUACUGCAUAUUUCUGGCAUGAUUAGACUAAUGUUAUUAAAGUUUUGCACCAGCAUGUCAAUGCAAUUAAGUGCACUUGCCAAUUUUACUUAAUAUUUUAUAGCUGAUAGUGAACAUGCUAGUUUAGUAUUUAAAUUUGCAUGUAAACAAAGCAUUUCAUGGUGGAAUUAAUUAUGUGUGAAGAUGUUUCAUGGUUUUUUAAAUUACUUUUUUCAGGUGUUUAUAAAUGGCGGGGCGCAAAAAAUGGUCAAGGGCGGUUUGGAGAGAAGGAGACCAGGAAGAAGAAUUGGUUAUCCCUUCUUCUUGGAUUGAAGGAAAAUUUAUACGAUGGCCCAACAGCAGUAGUGCAUUAGCUGCACUUAAAGACAUGCGGAAGCCCGAGAAGACAUGGCAAAAAUUCAACCUGAUAAAGGUUAAAUUUUCCUCUGAUAGCAAGAAAGAAUGUGAUCAAUAUGAUUACACGACAACUGGUGAAACGACUGAGGAGGAAAGUGAUAUUGAGGAAGAAAUGAUGCCCAAGAGAAGACCCAAAAAGAGGAUCUUUUCCGACUUUAUAUUAGACGGUGUUGAAAGCACUGAGGAGGAAUCGUGUGGGACAGGAUCCACUGAAAAACACAAAAAAAGAAUAGAAUUACCACCGCCACCACCUCUUCCAUCCUUGGCAACAAGAAGAUUAAAUAGUGAUGGAUCAAGGUCGCCUCCAAGAUCUGACAUAGUUCAUCAAAGGUCACAGUCUCCUGCAUCGACAAACAGAUCAAAUCAAAGAUCAGUUUCAUCAUCAAGAUCGAACACAUCUGAACAAAGAUCAAGGUCACCAGCAACAUCCAAUAGAUCCGGCCAAAGAUCAAGGUCACCAGCAACAUCCAAUAGAUCCGACCAAAGAUCAAGGUCACCAGCAACAUCCAAUAGAUCCAGCCAAAGAUCAAGGUCACCAGCAACAUCCAAUAGAUCCGGCCAAAGAUCAAGGUCACCAGCAACAUCCAAUAGAUCCGGCCAAAGAUCAAGGUCACCAGCAACAUCCAAUAGAUCCGACCAAAGAUCAAGGUCACCAGCAACAUCCAAUAGAUCCGGCCAAAGAUCAAGGUCACCAGCAACAUCCAAUAGAUCCGACCAAAGAUCAAGGUCACCUGCAACUGCAUGGUCCAACAGAUGUCAUCAACAAUCAAUAUCCCCUGCAGGAUCAAACAGAUCGGAACAAAGAUCAAGGUCACAUGGAAGUUACAGCAGAUCAAGGUCACCUUCAUGGUUCAAUACCCCUCGACAAAGAUCAAGAUCACCCACAAGAGCUGACAGAUCUUUUCAACAUUCAAGGUCACCUUCAGCUGAAAGGUCCAGCAGAUCUCAUCGAAGAUCAAGGACACCUACAAGAUCUGAAAGAUCCAAUCAAAGUUUUAAUUCAGGAUCACUUAGAUCUACGCAGUCAUUAUCAACAUCUGGGAGACGUAGUAAAACAGGCAGUCUGACAGUUUUUCCACUUACAGAAGAAAAAUUUCAAAGGAAGACCAUCUUUUUGCUGACGGAAAUCAGGGACCUGCUACAAAAUAGUCAGAGAACGGAGGCCCAUUCACAACUUCCAGGAAGCGAGUUUAAUUUCUCUGUUGUAGAUACAAUAGAUGACUUAAAUUCAGUGGAAAGAAGUUUAGAGGACAAAGAUUUUAGAACAAAAAUGAAGACAAUGUUGAUGAAAGUUGGAGGUAUGGAUGAGGCAGAUGGAGUGAAGAAAUGCAUGCAAAGGUGUCUGUCAAAUGCCAUGAUGGCAAGAAUGAACUUAAGAGGAAACAAGGGAAAGGCUGCCUUCUGCAAAACCAUUCUGUAUGCUGUGAUAAAAGAAUGUGUUCUUGCCAACUUUCCUAGGGCAACGGAAAGUAACAUUGACUUGGUAAUAGGAAAAUACCUGAAGUAUGCCCCUGAAAGAGCUGGGGGAGGUGGCCGAAAAGAGAAAAAUGACGCUUAAGCAUUUUGUUUUGAAAAGUGUUCUAGAAAAAAUUGUAUACAGUUAAAUAUCAUGAAUAAUGCUUGUCAAAGUUUAAAAAACAACGUGAUUCUAUAAAUUUUUGUUUUUGAAUUGACA